AAAUGCUGACUUGUGUUGCUUGGCCGGCUGAAUUUUUCUGUAGUAACAAAUAAUACAUACCGCGUGGUAAUAACCUGUAUAGGUCAGGGCAUGUGGAGCAGUGCUGCUAAUCAUAAGGAGAGCUGACAGAUUCCGUCAGGGGAAGGUGGAGGUGAAGUGUCAUCGUGAAGUUUGGUCUUGAAGGUGGUCUCCGCAAUGUCUGGUUAGGAAUUGGUCAUGAAAACCAAACGGACUUUCUAGUAUUGUCACUUAAGUAAGUCAUCGACGAUGAAGGCAAAGGAAUUUUCACGUGAUAUGGGAUAAGUGUGGAUUCACCAGCUCCUGAAUCGCUGCCAUGGACGUUUACUGAACUGAUUCAAAAAGUGUACUUGUAUGCGUGGAUCUAUGUGCCAGUAACUAUCGCACCUUAAUAACAAGGGGUCCUUGUUGUGCAAAAGCCUAUCUGUCGAAGACGUAGCCAAGUGUAUUCCGUCCCUCCCAAAACGAGCUGGAACCUGUGGGAUCGCUAUGGGCACAACGUUGAGUGAACCUUGCAUCUAUGACAAGCUGUCUGAAAGCAUCGACAUUUUACGGCAGUCGGGAUAUCGUUAUGGCAUGUCAGAGAGGGAGAUUGAGAAAUUCAUCAAGCAAGUUUUGGAGACCAACGAACCAAGGAGGGAGCCACCACAAUUCCCCAUUCUGCGAGCCACCAUCAAGUUUGUUAUGGCUGUAGGCUUCCUGGUGGUAGCUGUGUUGGCUUUCACCUACCCACAGAAUCCUCGUCAACUGGGGUCACUGGACUCAAGUAGCCAUAACUGGUCCUCCCCCCUCAGUCAUGUGCGACUACUGUCGCUGCCUAUUGCCAAGAAGUAUAACUUGCAAGGAUUCCAUGAGUGGUGGUGUGUUGGGGCCUUAAAACAAGCCCUGGUGAACUGCUCUGGCUGUGCAGAUGUCUCUGCCAUCACAGAGCUCUCUGAGUCUCACGUAGACUUCAGUGGGCUACGCGCCGGACCCCAGCCAGUCUUACUCAAGGGCGGGGAGUCUCUGACCUUGCAGAGACAUCAGCUGGAGCAGCUCUACUCGGCCCAUGCUGGCUCCAUAAGCAUCCUGCUGGAGGAGCAUGACAGCAGCCUCUCCCAUGAGGAGCACUUCCCCCAGGGCCCCGCCAACUUCACACUGCUCUGGAGGUUUGCCUCAGGUGCCAGGGAGAAAGUGCUGCGGUGGCUGUUCCCCAAAGCAGAACUCUGUCACCUACUGGACAGUGCAGGAACUAUGCUGCAGCGCUGCCAAGUCACUCACAGCACCAGUUCCCAGAGCAGGGGGAUGGAGGUGCUGGGGUGGCUGGUAGUGGGAGAAGGGCAGCCCACAGUGCAAGUGCUGCCUGUUCACCGCUGUCAGAAACAGUGCAGCUCCUUCAACCUAUGGCUCAGCCCCGGAGAUAUGGUGUAUGCUGAUCCACGCUACUGGCAGCUGGAGCUGUUCCCUGGAAGAGGACAAAACAUUGUGUGCGAUGGCUCGGCCUACUAAAGAGAGGAAAAAAUGACUCGGUCAAAGCCCAUCGGAAUGGGAGUGAAUGCGGUGUUGGAAGAGCCCCCGCCAUAGACGUCAGGGUCUAUGCUCCUUCUACACAGAGACUUCCCACAAGCGCCCAGCUAUCAAGAAUAGCACCACCGUUUGUUUUCACAUGCCUCUGUGUGAACGUGUGUGUUCAACUGUAGGGACUGAACUAAAGAAUUUGCCAGCUUUGCCUCAGCCUCUUGAGGGUCUUUUUCAUGAGAAGUUAUUGUUAUGGUUUCUUAAGUGAUCCCAAAGGCCAGUGAUUACCGCCAAAAUCCCCUCCACAGUCCCCCCCUAAGAUCUACCCUGUGACCCGGCACUAGAUGUGGCACUCCUGGUUCAAGGAACCAGCUAUGAGGAAAUCAGGAAGUCGAUUCCGAAUCCUGUGUUCUUUCUGUUUUAUUAUCUAGCCAGCCAAAUUGGCCUGCUGUCGAACUCUUGUAUGGAUAUGAUUAAGGGAUGAUGCAACAACCAGGAUGGAGCUGUUGCUGUGUGUUUCAUAGAAUGUCCCUGCUCUGUAUCAGUGACCGUUUGAAAAAAAGACCUCCAUGCUCUGGUAUAGAAUUUACUUAAUUGAAUUCCAGAUGGUUUUAAAGCAAUGGCAUAAAUGGCAUUGUAGCCAGAAAAGUCCUGUUUUUCAGUAGCCGUUAACAUUAUUUAUCUCUUGUUACACGUGCCAGAUUUGACACUUGGUGGAUUGUUGUUCCACAAUGCCAUAGAUAAAAUGAUCUUUAUUUGCCUGGUCUGUGUUAGCCAUCUCUGCCUCUGAUGGCUUUGCCUGUGAAAGCACUUUAAAUGGUUGUGUCUUACUGACAGUCACAUUUUCUUUUGUUAUGGAACUCGUAUUUGUUCUUCAUAAGCAUAUAGAGUUGUUCUUCCAUUGUUCAUUGUCUGCCUUUGCAUCAUGUUUCCUGCAGUCAUACUCAGAUUGCAUCUUUACUUUACACAAACUGGAAUUUUUAAGUGUUGCUGUCUAUCACUGCAAUAUUCAAUAAUAGUCUGCUUCUUCUGUAGCAGAUACAUUUAGCUUAGUCUUUCACAGGUGAUGUGACAUUGAACAGAUGACAUAGUCACUAAUAAGUGUUUUGUUUUGAAAUAAAGGUCUUUCUUGAUUUUAUGACAUGUAAUCAUGAAAGCAAGCCAAAUGAAAAUAUGUUUUGGUUUUUCCUGUCAAAUGUCAAAACCAUAAAGUUUUGUUGAAUAUAA